AUGACACCUGGUCAAAUUUCAUCAUUUAUUUCACAUUUCUCUAUUCAUCAAUUUAAUAGAUUAUGUACAUUAACACUUUGUAAAAUAACAGAACAAGAUUUAAAUAAAUUUCUUAAACAUAUUACUAUUUCUUCAUUUACUUCAUUAAUUAUCGAACAACGUGCUUGUUAUACUUCUUCGAAUAGUCAAUUAACAAUGUCUAUUCUUUCUCACAUAAUAACACAAUCUAAUCUUUGUAAACUUGAAUUAGACAUGAGAUCUUAUUCUACAGAUGAAAUAUUAUGGCCUAGUCAAUGUUCUAUAAAAUAUUUAACAAUUUCGGAUUGUAAUUCUAAUCAAAUUGUUAUUAUUCUUCGUCAUUCAUCUCAUUUACAAUCAUUUAUUGUAAAGAAUUGUAUUAUACAUAAUUUAACUAAAACAAUUUCAAUAUCAUCUGAUUUAAAACCAUUAACAUCAAUGAUAUUUGAAGAUAGUGAAUUAUUAAUGGAUACACUUGGAUGGUUUCUUUCAUCAAUGCCUUCACUUAUUUAUCUUAAAUUAGAAGGACGACCAUUUAUGUAUGAUUCAAUAUUUGGUCAAAUUCGAUUAGAAAAUUUUAUUCAAACAAAAUUACAUUAUUUAGAAAAAUUUGAAUUCUUUUUUAGUUUUGUUUAUUCAGAGGUUAUACAAAAUCGUAGCAAUUCUAUUGAAACACGUCUUGAACAAUUUCGAACUCCAUUUUCGCUUGAAAAUAAACAUUGUUUUGUUAAUUGUGAUUAUAUUAAAAGUUCUGGUGAGAUUUUAUUAUAUUCAAUACCUAUAUGUAAUCAUCGUUUCGAAUAUUAUGAUCAUUCAAAUAAAACUUCAAGUUCAACAUCUUCUACAAUUUAUAAAGAUUCAAUAAUAAUGGAUAAUGUGCGUGAACUUGAUUGA